GCAGCUCGGCCAGGAAUGUGUAUGGCCAAAGCCAACAGUGUUGACCUUUCAAUGACUGAAAACUUUCCCCCAAAAAUGCAUCGAAAAAAUACCAUAACUCGGACGUGGCCAACAAGACAGCUUUACUAAUGAUGGGAGAAACUUUAGAAAACAAGAAGGGACAGAACCUAGAGACUAUAAUUUCAAAGCUUUCCAAGGAGCAACCGGCCAGGAAACGGAAUAGUUAUCUGUUGAUUUCGGGCAUCGACCAUUCAAGUCUAAUGUUCCAUGUAGGGUCUUCAGGACACGAAUCAGAUGAGGAUGAUGAGCCUGAUUUGUUUCAGUGUGGCAAAUGCCGACAAAUGUUUACAAAUCUACAAAAGUACCUCCGACAUAAAUCCUCUAGAGAAUGCCGACAAAAAUCUGCCUCCACACCUUCUACUGUAACAAGUCCUGGUUUUAGCGAACCUGGGACAUUAGAGGGCUACGAAGAAAAUAGCGUUUCUCAAAGUCCACCAAAAAGAAAACAUGAUCGCAAAGGAAUAGCUCGAAGAGUAUCAAAUGUACCAGAAGCAGAUUCUGACCCUCCGAGCCCUGAAACUCCUGUCAUUCUACGGGACCCCCCAAGACCUUUUGCAGUAGGUCAACCAAUAGCAAUGGGAAUGUCUCCAGUAUGUACCGUAAUAAAUGGAUUGCCCAGCCCUGUAUCGCGUUCAGGAAUCUCCGCAUUCCAGCCUCCAAUACCCACGUUAAAAAGUCCCACCGAAAGAAGUCCUAUAUAUAGUAGGCCUGAAAUCUCUCACCAAGGGCCUACGUUAACGUCUCGUCAAGGGUACUCUUUGGCCUACACUCAGCCCCAACAGACACCCAUGCAACACGUGAUUAUCAAUAAUCCGGUCCAUCCCGGCCAUAUCUUAGCGGGACAUGGUUGGCCAAGGGCCACUAUUGCUGUAGAUCCUCAUUUUAGCAACAGUAAGGAACCCAUUGGGUCCCCUCACGCUCCACCACAAGUUCGGCCUGACGGGAAAAGAGCUGCUACAUCUGAAAGUCAUGUGCAGACGCCAGGGAUGACCGCGAAAUCGACGGCUCCACCAAUCGUAGUUCACUUAAAGGAAAGAGGACGACCAAUUCGUCCAAAAGAAACAGGCCUUACCGAAGAAGAACUAACUGAAGAACUAAUCACACCUUCAGGACAAAAGGUUUUCAAAUGUAAAAAAUGCGAAAAGGAAUUUAGCUUUUCUAGUCGCUUAAAGAGGCACCUUUUGGUGCAUACAGGAGCGAGACCCUUUGAGUGUCCAAUUUGUUUGCGUCGAUUUACACAGGCUGUCGAUUUAAAGAGGCACAUGCUGAGACACAGUGGACAGAAGCCUCACGUGUGUCACUACUGUGGGAAGCAGUAUACUCGUGGGGAUAGACUUAAGGUCCAUCUGUUAAGUCACUCGGAAGCAUCGAAUCACUCAAUGUCAUCCCAACCCUACAAUUGCUCUCGCUGCAAUCAAUCAUUCGAAGAAGCAGAGCAUCUCCAUCUUCACACGUGCGGAAAGCUCGAGGAUGACCCUGAUAACCCAGCCAUCAACGACCUAGACAAAGCGGCACACGAAGAAGAAGAUAUUAGCAACCAAGGCUCUUUCAAUCAAGAAGACUCCAUGUCAGGAUCCGAGGAUCGAGGGGAACACAAGCCGAAGAUCUAUCGCUGUGAGAUCUGCCAUUCAACGUUCACCAAGUCAACGUCUCUAAAGGCGCACCUAAUGAAACACACCGGUGAGAGGAAAUACCGAUGUGAACAUUGCUCCAAGACCUUCUUUAGUUCUAGCAGUUUGAAGAUCCAUGUGCGUGUCCAUACAGGCGAUAGGCCUUUUAAAUGCAAGGACUGUCCGAGAAAAUUCAGCGAUCCGUCUAAUUUUAAUAAACACAAGCGAUGGCAUGCCAAGCAGAGGGCCCAUGCGGGGUACGGCGAGUACUCGAUGCAUGCAAUUAGUAUCCCCACUUCGAAUGCUGUUGUCGACGAAAGUUCGGAAACGAAAAGGAGAAGGAUGAGCGACAACGAUUCAAUCGGAACAAGUUCGCUGAAAGAACGGCACGACUCCGGAGCGAGCUCGUACGAGGUCGAAGGGGGACAAACACCCGAAGGAAGCGACACUUUGUUUGUCGACGACGAAGAUGAGGAGAUAUCAGUAGACGAUGAUGAAGUUCAAGUUGGGUUUACAUCGCCUAAGGUACUAGUUGGAAUGGAGGAUAAUGUGAGUGACAACGAACAUACAGCGAUGGAGAAAGAAGAGGAGAAAGAACAGCAACAACAACUUCCUGAAGAAACGAAAGAAGAGGAAGAAAAGGAUGAAAAGGUAGAAGAAAAAUAAAAUGCUCAUACAUAUUUGCCACAAUAAUUUUCCCAAAAACCAUUAUUAUAAAAAUGAUUUAAAUAUCAUUAUGAUAGGUUAUUGGGAUUCUAUAAUCUUAGGGUAUUAUAAUCCAUUUUUUUUUUAAUAAUUCACGUUUCAUAUUGCAUAGUUAUAUAUGUUAUCACACUUCACAAAUGGUGGACUUAAACAAGAAACCGCACUGAAAAUGAAAUCAUGCGUCCAUCGUUCUCCAGCUCAGUUAUUAUUUCAAUAGCGGCUUCUAGUAACUUUAGCUUUAUCAGAUAGAAUUCCAGUUUUUCGAGUUUUCUCAAGUCACCUUGAUUGAAAAACACAAUGCCCUACAUACCUUCAGGGGAGUGGUGCAGGGGGUGCGCAUCCCUCCCUGGUUCGACUUUGUGCCCCUACUUCAAAUAUUUAACCAAUACAUAAUUAUGUUUUUUCCCUUUGAUUCUAAGGGGUGCACCCCUUCCUGGGUUAACUAUGUGCGCUGCACCCCUUGCGCUGCACCCCUCCCUGAACAAAUUCCUGGAUCCGCCCCUGAAAUUGUAGUGCAGUUAUCGAGUAUUGGAGAAGUUAAAUCGUAGAACGUAUGGCCGUGAGUGUGAUCUCGUUUUUGAUGCGGUUUCUUUGUCGGAAGGUCCAAAGGAAAAGCAAGGUUGACUUUUCAAGUCUUCAAACCCCUUAAAGGCCGAUUUAGACGGUACGAUUUUCGCCUACAACUAUCGUAUACAACACGCUCGCGUCUGUCGUAGGCGAGUUGUAGGCUUGAUUGGUGUUGUACUCGUAGUCGUAUAUAGUCGCUUAUAAUCCAACUAAUGCAAUUUGAUUAGAAUCCUUAUAUCUAUAUCUAUAUAUAUUCAUAGUUAUAUUAAUCAUAUCCCAUAGUUAUUCAAUCGUGACUCUCUUUGGUUGGAUGAGAUUUCGUAUGAGAUGUCUGUUACAUCUUCAAACUUCCCCUCCGGCCCAUUACGAACCUAUUCCUUUUCACAUUCGAUACCAAAAGCAUUGGACUAAUUCCCAACAUUACAGGUCACGUGAUCAGGUGAUAUAUUCACAGGUCACGUUGCUAUGUGAAACAUUUGCAUAUCAUAUUGAAUUUAAUUAAAUUGAACUAAUUUCUAACGGAUAUCGUGCAUUUACCUGUCACAUGACCAGUGGAUAUGCUUUACAGAACACUUGGCCAUGUGAUAUGUAUGUGUAUAUAUAUAUAGACUUGCAUAUCAUGUGAGCAUUGAAAUAAUUCCUAACAGUUGUUGUAAACUUACGGAUCACGUGACCAGGUGAUGUAUUCACAGAUCGUAUGACCUUUGGAUAUGCUUCAUAUGUCACGUGACUGUGUGCUAACAUUUGCAUAUCACGUGACCAUUUCCACCAUUUAGUUACAAUUGAGCGGGAAGGGCGAGAGGUAAAGACACAUACAUGCCUCAUCACGCAAAAAGCCACAGUUAUAUAUCCACGUAGUUUUUAAUUGUGUUAACGCAAAAGUCGUUUUAUUAUAAGUGACUUUACUCUAAGUAAAGCUCCAUAUGUCGAGGACAUAGACGACGGACUCGAAGCGAGGUAAAACAUAGUCUAGGUUCGAUUAGAUUGGUCAUCUAUACAGACGUAAAUGUAUCAUUUAUAGUUUUAGCAAUAAUAAUAAUAAUAGUAUAGUCGUUAAUAUUAGUUAAUUUUAUUGAUUCGAUUAGUACUUACUCUCGUCUCGUUAGGCUGCCACGCAGAUGACGAUGGAUUCGAAAAAACGAACGACAAACUCAAAUUGACGGAGAAUUCAAAAGAAUUCUUCCUUAACUUUUGAAAUAGUUGUUAUGUCCUUAAGACGAAUGAGAAGUACCUGACGGGUUCGAAUAUUGAUUUGGAUUAUUGUUGGUAAGCCGUCAACAUUAUGCGCAAAUUGGUAGAGACCUUGGGUCUUGGUUUCUUGGGGCAGAUCAAACGAAUCGUAUUGAAUUUUGUGGACUACAUAAUAAGUCAUGCGCAGAUCCAACAAAAAUAAAACAACCCUUCCAAAUUCAAGAAUCAUAUAUAUUUACCGCAUAGACUCGAGAAAAAAGAGGAAACGGCUUCUGAGGGAUUCCCGCGGGAUAUUUUAGACCAAACUACAUAUUUGUCAUUGCGAAAGGAAUUUAUAAUUCUCGCCGAGUUUUCCCGGCUGUGAGAAGAUUCCUAUGAAAAGCUGAAUUCAUUCACUACUUUUGGGGUAUUUUUCCCAGUUUUAGCACAAGUAGAGGACGCCCGUCUUCUAUAAAUAAUAAUUUUGUAUCCGCAUUUAUAGUUAGAUAAGCAUUAAUGGUUAGCAGGAAUUGAGGUACACCCCCUCCCCCACGGGAAAGGGUAACACAACUUAAGUUUCCUGGAUAAAUAUUAGCUUAAUAAUAAUCCAACGCAUUUAUAAUUAACAAAUCAAUAAUCACAUAUCAUUGUAAAUUGGUAUAGUUUUUUAAGAUAUUUACGAUUACCAUACUGUACAAGUCUCGGUGUCAUUAGAGCUAGCUUGAUGGAUUUGCUUCUGUACUCGUUCUCUUCUAAUUCAACUUAUAUCUAAAACGAAUUCUUAUUGGUCAGAUCACUUACUUAGUAACACCAAUCACGAAUAGUGUUUUAUUCUAGAACAUCUAUGGAACCAUUGAAAACUGUUACAAAUUUUGCUCAAGACGCAGCCUUAUUGCUUAUUUUUUUAUCAUCAUAGUCGUUAGAAAACUCUCUAAGAAAACUGAAACCUUUCUAUUUCGCGAAAGUGUUAAAAACUGUUACUGUUUUAUUUUAUACUGGAAUGUUUUGGUAUUCUAUUGAAUGGUACUACAAAUACUCAAACAAGAAAUAUGUAUUUUCAUACUACGCCACGCAUGCAUCUACCUUUCGGUCUCUCUGUAAUAUACUUUCUCGACAGAUACAAAUUAUACGCCGACUCAGGCGAAAAUAACUACGGGAUUUUGGACUUAAGGACUUUACUUCCUAUCGUACUACUUUAUUGGAUUAUCUUUUGUGAACUUGACUGUUUUAUAUGCUACAGAAUUGUCUUAUAUUUUAUAUACUACUGACUUGAAAUCAAGGUUAAAAAUGCUUCAGGACGGGAAGUAAUGUUCCGUCGACAUCCAGACUUUAUUAUAAUAAAUAUUUAUAUGAUCGCAUGAAGAACUCCUAGUUGUAGGCUAUUAAGAGUGCUUAUAUACUUAUAUUUAGAGCUAUAGUAGUCUGAUAAAUAAAUCUUAGAAUUCAUAUUACUAUUAGUGCUAAAAAUGCUCAAAAUAUUAUCGCUUUGCAUAGAUCUCGUUAGUUAAUUGACGCUGUUUACACUGUUUAGGCCUCAAACUCUAGCCAGUUUUGUAUGCUGUUGAAAUCACUGCGUUGCGCAAAGAAUCAUAAUGCUAGCGUUCCAUGCUCUGAAUAUUGCGCAAUCUUAGGUUGAGUAUGCACAGAUCAUUGCUGGAUCUGUAGAGUUUAUUAAGAAUGCGUAGAGCGUUAUACAAUGCGCAGAGUUGAGUUUAGCAUGCGCAGACUGUUAUAGGGUGCGCAAAGUUUAUUUAGAUGUGCCAAGCGUCACAGAGCUUGAACUUAGUGCACACAGCUUAGUAAAGCUCGCCCACUAGUUGUAAACUUAUUGUAAUUUCUUUCUGGCUUACUUUAGCGUUGUGGUGUUAUCUUAUUUUUUUGUUAACUCAAUGGAACUUCAGUCGAUGUAUUUAUUUUUCAACUUUGAAAUGUCUAAACAGUCAGAUGUAAAUUGGUUUCUAUUUUAUCUAUUUACUCUUUGAUGGCUUACAUUUUCACGAAAAACAGUGUAUCUAGCGUCAAAUCAUUCCUCAUAGCCUGCAAAACUGGACACAAAGUUCAUGAAGAAUUUGGUUUUCAUCAACUAAAUACUUUGUCGUAGUCUUAGUCUUAGUCUUGUUCAGCAUGUUCAGCUAUAAUGAUUUCCAAAACUGAUUAUUUUCUUAUUUACAUUUCAAAUAUGCAAUAUAUACUGGAAAUGAUUUUUAAAUAUAUACAUACAAUAUAUACACCAUGUACUGUCUAUUGAUAUAUAUAUGGUCUUAAUCUGCCAUCCGCAACGAUUAACUUAUUUAACUGGGACGGCUGUCCACACUGUCGAUUAAUUCUCUACUUGCGCGCUUAUAUUUAAAAGCUUUAUCUGCUGGGUACCAUAACAUAUAAACAAAGUUUUUGCAUGAAAGCGAAGUUAUUGGACUACUUUUAGUGAUAUAUGACAACACGUGCCUUUCCUGUCAGCAAUACCCUCGCUUUCAUGCAACGACCAUCGUGGUACCUUGUUAAUGUCUUCCUAAAAAAAGGUACCACUUGCCUUACGAUUACCUACUAUAUAAUCAAGCUAGCUCUUCAACAGAAUACUCUUCAUUGAAAACUUGAAUUUUUUCUUACCCCAAGAAAGAGAGCAACAGGAACUUGCCUCGCGCGCAUAGAACAGUGAAUCCAAAUUUUGCGCACCACUGGUGGCAAACGUUUAGCAAUCGUAUUCCAAAAUGCAGUUCCGCGCGCGGUUCAAAGUUCUUGUCACUCUUUCUUCAAACGAAGCAAUCUAUCCAGAAAUAUUUUAUGCUGCUCCCUGUUAUACCAAAGCAAUAUCAACCACAAAAUAUAAACGUAGUAUUCAAUUUAGUUAAUAUUAGUUUUUUAAAUAACAGUAUAGUAUUUACUGGUAAUUUUAAAUCAAUCGAAGUAAUUAUUAGUAUAUAAUGGUUAGGCAUUAGUUUCAUAGUCAAGUAUUAGUUAGUCAUUGCACAAAACCCUUGAUCAUUGGUUAGUGAUAGAAAAUUUGUGGAUUACAAGUCUGUGCUCCCUUAUGGCCCUUGUAUAUGAGCUGUGUUUUAACCAGUGUUCAAGGGUUUAGUUGUUUCAUUAGAUUUGGUGUAGGGUUGAAUAUUUCAUACCACACAAAAUUGUACCCUGUUUUUCUAUUCUCACUUUUGCGAACUGCUAUUAUUUUAAGAAAAGAUUUCCCCAGCAAAAAGCUGGGUUUAUUUCUUCUUCAAAGGCUUUUGAGCCGGCUGACACAGCACGGAGGAAUGCCGGAAGGUACUUCCUGAAGUGCCUGUUCGUGAGACGUAGAGAAACCCCCAGUACAAUUCAAUUAUAAAAAACACUUGAAAAACUUUGCAGUUGCGCCAAAUGAUGUCAGGAGAACCUACAUAGCACUCAGUCGAUGCAUUAGGUGUGAUUCAUUGUAUUUUUUUAUGGACACAUUUCAUCAACUGCUUGCUAGGUAGGCACUCCCAUCAUCAAGGGGUGAUAAUUUUGAAUUCUGUUACGACUAGAACAUGCAGCAUGGUUCCCACUAUGACGUAUUCUGAACGCAAGAACCAAUGAAUAGACCAUUCGAUUGAUGGCGUCAUUUUACUACCAGUACCAGAAUGCUUCGCGAAUUUUUUCAAUUCCAAAUUAUUAUUGCCUCAUGCGAAUAUUAAGCUGAUGCUGAUUGCCAAAGAAGCAAUGCGCAAAGGAUUCUGGUAUUUGUAGUAUAUACGACGCAAUAUUUUGUUUCUUGUAUCAAUACGUUUUGUGACACCAAGUGAGACCCAUGCAGAGUGUACUAGCUGUAGACAUCACUUCUGUACUGUUUUUUUAUAUCAUAGCAAUAUAUGCAAACCAAAUAUAUCAUUGGAUGCGAUGGCCAUCCAUCGCUUGUUAAUAUAUUAUGGCUAUACAUUAAUCCUUUUAAUGAUGGUACAUAAUAUGCCAUAUGUAACCCAGCAUGUAAAAGUCAAGUAAACAGAGUUAUUAUUGGUUAAAACAUGA